GGAGGAGGCUGAGUAUCUUGCCGAGGCUAGAAAGGAUGAAACGUUACUCGAUGGGCCGACCGUUAACCUUUAGGGAACCGACCCCACCGUCCGGACCGCCUUCUCCAGAAAGUAAUGGGUCGACGCUCAGCCUGUCGGCAGACUGGGAGGUGCCGCAGGAAAGAAAAAGGGACGCCGGGACCAGCACAGAACCGCCAGCCACCAGGACCGUGGGUACCGAUGGAUAUCAUGUCUACCUGGGGUUGGGCCCCCGAAGCUGUUGGCGCUGUGGCAACGAAGGCCACCGACGAGAACACUGCAGAGGGGAGCGGAUGAAAUUUUGUUCUAGGUGUGGCUGCGUGGGUGUGCUAUCACGGGAUUGCUGUGCCCGAACCACCGACCGUGACAGAAGACCGCCCUUAACCACCGUCAGCCAGCGAGGAACCCCAAGCCGGAACGGAUCCUCAGGAAGCAGGGCAGAGGCCGUACUCCCGGAUCUCCGGUUGAGGCCCGCCACACCGACGCCUGCACCGACGCCGGCACCGACGCCUGUACCGACGCCUGUACCGACGCCUGCACCGACGCCUGAACCGACGCCUGCACAGACGCACAUACCGGUACCGUCCAAACCGUCGCCGCCCACACCGUUGCCGACCCCACCGAAAAAGAAGGUGAAAGUGGAUUGAGACCGUUAAAUCAUUACCGUAAAAGACAAAACACCGUUGUUCAAUACCGUUAUUUCCGUUGAAUAAAUACCGUUCC